CCGAACACACAAUUUGUCAGAGUGGAAGACCUUGGUUCUAAUUGGAGAGUGUGCUGUUAACCUCCAAGAUGAGCCUUAGUCGACAGACAUCAUCUUCUGGGAAACAGCGGUCACACAUCCCAGUGGCAGCCAAUGGUGGACCAGCAAAUGCUGCAGCAGCUCUUGCUGCUGCAGGAAACCCCAAUAAUUCUGACCUGGCCAGUCUAUUUGAGUGUCCUGUGUGUUUUGACUAUGCGCUCCCUCCCAUCAUGCAGUGUCAGAGUGGUCACAUAGUAUGCCAGGCUUGUCGUCAGAAACUUACCAUGUGUCCAACGUGUCGAGGCCCUUUAGGAAAUAUACGUAAUUUAGCUAUGGAAAAAGUGGCAAGCACCGUCAUGUUCCCUUGUAAAUACUCGUCCAGUGGGUGCCCAGUCACUCUGCUUCAUACAGACAAAACAGAUCACGAGGAGACUUGUGAAUAUAGACCCUACUGUUGUCCCUGUCCUGGAGCUUCAUGUAAAUGGCAAGGAUCCUUAGAGCAAGUUAUGACACACCUGAUGCAGCAACAUAAAAGUAUCACCACACUUCAAGGUGAAGACAUUGUAUUCCUCGCAACAGACAUCAACCUACCGGGCGCUGUAGACUGGGUUAUGAUGCAGUCAUGCUUUGGCCAUAACUUCAUGUUGGUGCUAGAAAAACAAGAGAAAACAGAGGGACAGCAAAUGUUCUAUGCAAUCGUUCAGCUAAUAGGCACACGCAAACAGGCAGAGAACUUUGCAUACAGAUUAGAGUUGAAUGGCCAUCGUCGACGCCUGUCAUGGGAAGCCACUCCACGGAGCAUCCAUGAUGGUGUUCAGUCAGCCAUUGUAGCUAGUGACUGUCUUGUGUUUGAUACAAACAUUGCUCAGCUGUUUGCAGAUCAUGGAAAUCUUGGCAUUAAUGUGACAAUCUCCAUGUGUUGAAGUUGCUGGCUGUGAAGAAAUAGUGUUUAAAAGUCAUAUGCUGUGAAAAGAUGGAGUGUUUGAAAGUCACUGAACACAUGUGCUGAGGAUACAGGCUGUGAGGAGAAAAUGUGAAGAUCACUGUGAGAGAGUGAGUGAAUGACCACAAACAUGUACAUAUGUGUGUAUGGUGAUCACAGGGUUGAAUAAGUGAUAAUAUUGAUUUAUAUGUGUGACUGGUAGUAAAACAUAAAUGAGGUCAAAAAAGGGAGAAAGUGAUGAAAAAGGAAUUAUGCAUUGCUGUAGUAAAGCUUUAGUUUUCUGUUCUAAAUUUCUAAUUUUCAGUAACAAUAGUAGAAUGAAUAAGACCCAAUUUCUCCGAAAUAAUUUUUUUGUUUUUUGGGAGUUUGAUAUUCAGUGAUUUAAAGCUGUGUUUUGUUCUUCUGUCGUUUAGUAGAAAUGUAGUUCGGCAAGAAGCCUUUAAAAAAUGCCAAAAAUUAGAUUCUGGCAAAAACAGAUUUUAUAUAUAGUAUGUGUGAUUUAAUUUAAGAAGUGGAUAGUGAAGUAUGAAUAAGGCAAGAGUAGAGAGUUGGGGUGAUUGUUGAUGUAUAAUAUUGUUGCAAAGCUUGAGACUUUGGUACACGAAUUAGUGCUGAAUUAUAGUCGACAUAAAAUGAAUAUAUGUGUCUGGUGUCAAAGACAUCGUGUAGAUAAUGAUGAUAUACCCUCUAGGUGGAUUUCCCACACUACUUCCUCAGUUUUUGAGUAAACAUGAAUAGCUUAAUUUUUGAGUUAACCUGGUUUAUUUACCCCUUUUUUUUAAAGUAAACAUGACUCGCUCAGUUUUUUUUAAGUAAACCUGGUUUGAGUAAAAAUGACUUGCUCAAUUUUAUGAAUAAACCCAGUUUAUUUAAUCAAUUUUUGAGUAAACAUGACUCACCCAGGUUUUGAGUUAAUCUUGUUUAUUUUCUUAAUUUUUGAGUAAAAAUGACUAGGUCAAUUUCAAAUAAGCCUAGUUUAUUUACUCAAUUUUUGAGUAAACAUGACUAGCUCAAUGUUUAGAGUGAGCAUUAUUAGAUACUGUGUCAUUUGCUGCAUUUAGCUGACUAUUGAAUGUCAGAAUGUUGAUAUGACAAGAUGUAAUAGUCUACCUUACAUGUGUAACCUGUGGUAUGUGUUUUGAAUAUCCUCUCCAGUAAGGACCUUGCUAUCUUGCACAUUAUAUUUUUGGUCUUUGGUAGAAAAAAAAGGAUGUAUGUCAUCUUAUGUCACAAUAAACUAUUGAUUUCUAGUUAUGGGAUAUCUGGUUAGAUAAAUCACUGAACAUUUUGAUUAAAUGAUGCAGCAAUUUAGAAAGAGAACAGUAAAUUCAUUAUAGGAUUGGUUAUUCAUUUUAUCCUACACCCAUAUGUUUGUAAAACCAUUCUUCAUAUGUAGGUUGCCCUUGUUAUGCCCUUCUGAUAUCAGAUUUUGUGAUGUAUCAGAAAAAGACUGGGUAGCCAUCUUUGAUUUGGCAAUUAAAGAUUGUUAUCGCUGUUUUGAAAUUUCAUAUCAUUAAGAUAAAAAACAUAGGUAAGAAAAAAAGAAGGGAAAAAGAUCCAACUUUCAAAGAACAAGUUAAGCUAGUGGGUGCCUUUCAGAUGUACCUAGCUUUGAUCAAUAACAGAUAUUGAUCAAAAGUCCUUAGAUCAGAUGAUUCCAAUUGUGGUAUGUACAUGUCUUUAUUUUUGCAUGUCAAGGAAAUAUCAUUGAAAGAAUUGAAAACUCAGUCAGUACUUACCACCAAAUGGAUGAUAGACAAUGCUUAGUCUUGAAACUGUCAGAGAAUCAUAUAUACUUUUUUAUAUGGAAUCCCUUCAAAAAAUGUAACAUUAUUCUUGUUGGAAAAAUGGAUCAAAAUUGAUUUAGUGUACAAUUUGGUCAAAUUUUCUUGGUCGGAAUCUAUUAUUGUGAGUUUUCCAUAUUGACUCAACUUGUACAGAUAUUGAGAAUCAAGUGUAAACCACUCCAGAUUUGGAAAGUGAGUUUAUUACUUUGGAACUCUUUGGAAAGGAGAUAGUAUAAGAGAAUAAAUAUCUUAGAUGUUUACAUUAGAAAGGGUACACUAGAUGUCUGUUACCAAUGUUAUACAGUCAAAACACUUCACUUUGUUAGUGUUGUUUCCAAGAUCCAGAUAAAGUCGUCAACAUUGUCAAGCUAAUUCUCAAUUUUUAAGCAAAGCAAAGAAAAACUGAUAAGUAAAUAAGAAAUAUUUUGUGAUUGCUUACUGACUUGCAGUUGACUUAUCUAUAUGAUUUCUGGUAAGAGUGCUCAUUAAUACACAUUCACAAUAGAUCUUACCAUUUACCAAAAGAAUACUUCCUCAAAGGAUACAAGCCCACCCCUAGGGACAGUGUCCUCGGGUUAUUACCUAACAAAAAGGAUACAAGCCCACCCCUAGGGACAGUGUCCUCGGGUUAUUACCUAAAACAAAGGAUACAAGCCCACCCCUAGGGACAGUGUCCUCGGGUUAUUACCUAACACAAAGGAUACAAGCCCACCCUUAGGGACAGUGUCCUCGGGUUAUUACCUAAAACAAAGGAUACAAGCCCACCCUUAGGGACAGUGUCCUCGGGUUAUUACCUAAAACAAAGGAUACAAGCCCACCCCUAGGGACAGUGUCCUCGGGUUAUUACCUAAAACAAAGGAUACAAGCCCACCCCUAGGGACAGUGUCCUCGGGUUAUUACCUAAAACAAAGGAUACAAGCCCACCCCUAGGGACAGUGUCCUCGGGUUAUUACCUAAAACAAAGGAUACAAGCCCACCCUUAGGGACAGUGUACUCGGGUUAUUACCUAACAAAAAGGAUACAAGCCCACCCCUAGGGAUAGUGUACUCGGGUUAUUACCUAAAACAAAGGAUACAAGCCCACCCCUAGGGACAGUGUCCUCGGGUUAUUACCUAACACAAAGGAUACAAGCCCACCCUUAGGGACAGUGUUCUCGGGUUAUUACCUAAAACAAAGGAUACAAGCCCACCCUUAGGGACAGUGUCCUCGGGUUAUUACCUAAAACAAAGGAUACAAGCCCACCCCUAGGGACAGUGUACUCGGGUUAUUACCUAAAACAAAGGAUACAAGCCCAGGAACUCUCUCACACUCAUGCCCGUUAUGCCGUGUGGCCUGUAGUUCGGCCCAGAAACAGUUACACUUAUAUAUUACAAUGUACAAUCACCUGAUCUUUGUUCUGUUGGAUCAAUAAACCAAGAGUCUGUCCUGGAAAUGGACAAUAAACAAUAUAGUGUAAUAUUUUCAAUUAUAACAAUUUGACACUAAUUAUAGUGAUUUUAUAUUCAGAGAGACCUGCUGAUGAAAUGUGUGAGGUAGCAGAUGUCCUUGUGUAUUAGUGUUGUGAAAUAUUCGUUUAUGCUUUUUAUGUUCAGACCACUAUAUGAGACAUGUUUGUUUACAGACCUUUUCUAUGUAAAACAACUAUUAUCUAGUCACUAGUUCCCCAUACAUUCAGUACUCCUAUAAUACAAUUUUUUACAACACUAAAA